AUGUGUGAACAAACUAGCUAGAUAGAAAUUUUCCUUUAAUCCCGCAUCUUUUUCUCUUGUUUUUUUUUUUUUUUUUUUUUGAGAGAACUAGCUAGAGAGAAAGAAAAGAAGCCAUGGCACCGGUGAUCUCAACUGACAAUCCAGUGGCUUUUGCUUUUGGACUUCUAGGUAAUGUGGUAUCCUUCGUGGUUUUUCUAGCUCCACUUUAUUUCAGGCCAACGUUUUACAGGAUAUUCAAGAAAAAAUCAACUGAAGGGUUUCAAUCAGUUCCAUAUGUGGUUGGACUAUUCAGCGCUGUCAGUUGGAUAUACUAUGCAACAUUGAAGUCUGAUGCUUUCCUUCUCAUGACUAUUAAUGCAUUCGGUUGUAUGAUAGAGACUGCUUACAUUGCUAUCUUCCUUGCUUAUGCACCCAAGCAAGCAAGGAUGUUAACUCUUAGGCUACUUAUUUUGUUAAAUUGUGGAGGAUUCAGCGUGAUUACAGUUCUCUCCCACUUUUUAAAAGGACAAACCCGACUUCAUGUUCUUGGUUGGCUUUGUGUUUCUUUCUCAGUCUUUGUCUUUGCAGCACCUUUAAGCAUUGUGAGACAGGUCAUACGAACCAAGAGUGUAGAGUUUAUGCCCUUUUACUUGUCGUUUUUUCUGACAAUGAAUGCUAUUAGUUGGUUCUCUUAUGGCGUAUCACUAAAGGACAUGUAUAUUGCGAUGCCAAAUGUGCUGGGCUUCAUCUUCGGAUUUAUUCAGAUGGUACUGUAUGUAAUGUACAGAAACAACAAACCAGCUGUAAAAGAUAUUAGGCAACUAGAACAAGCUAUUGACAUGGAGAAACUGAGCGUAAGUACGACUUUGCAGGAGCAAUCUGAAUGCGCUCAGAUAACUCACGGUGAAAUCAUUGAAAACAGGGGGGUGUCAGCGGACCACCAAGAGAGAAACAUGGGAAACCUGCAACCAAGACCUACCCAGUAAAUGCUAAGUCUGUGUGAUGGACUUGUACCUAUUUCCUUUAAUUGUGUGUGUAGUUUAAAAAUUAUGUCAACAAGUGCAUCGAUCUUCAUCUCUUUCUGCUAAUGUACAAAGUUAUUGUAAAUUAAGGAGAGGAGAUAUCCUAACAAAUGCGCAUUUGAUGCUUGCUGCUGUGGUGUUUCUCUGCGUCAUGUAAGCCCACAGGGGGUCGAAAAUUUAAUAGCUUUCUACUUUCAUAUA